ACUACAUAGAGUAGGUAUAUACAGUGCCCUUCAUUUCUCAAUAUAAACAAGGGAAUUAGGUAGGUACCUUGUGAAUCUAUACUGUUAAUAACAUGAAUCAAAAUGAAAAUCAAAGAGAUGAUGAGAUACAAGAAGUCCAAGAAGAGGAAGUUCAACAGCUCAUACAAUGCCUUGAAAAGGCAAACUUCAUGAAUAGUAAGUUACAGCUGGUGAAAUAUCAAGGUUUUUGGACUAGUCGUGGUGGCCUUAAGAAUAUCCUCCAUUACCAAAGACACUUCCAAGCUCAUGAUUCUGAUCUUAUUGUUGCAAGCCUUCCAAAAACCGGCACUACUUGGUUGAUUUCUUUACUCUUUUCUAUCGUCAACCGAGUUAAGCUUGAACAUCAACCCUUAAAUAAGAAAAGCCCUUUGCUUCAUCAUAAUCCACAUGAGCUUGUUUAUCAUCUAGAACAUGGUGUUUAUGGUAAAAAUCCCAUCCUUCCAAAUCCCAACCAACUUGAUGAACUCUCUUCGCCACGACUUUUCUAUACCCAUAUUCCAUAUGGUUCUCUUCCAAAAUCUAUCAAAGCUUCAUCAUGUAAGAUGUUGUAUAUUGCUCGAAAUCCUUUGGAUACUAUCGUUUCUUCCUACCACUUUUACAUAGACUUCAUUAAGAAGGCAACUGAAGAUCAAGAUUUUAAACCCCCUAGUAUAGAGGAUUUCUUUGACGACUUCUGUGAAGGGAGAUCUAUGACAGGGCCUUACUUUGAGCACGUAGUUGGAUUCUGGAAGGAGAGUCUCGAGCAGCCAAGCAAGGUAUUAUUUCUUAAGUACGAGGAUUUGAAGGAGGAUCCCACUUUCUAUUCAAAGAAGGUGGCCGAGUUUGUGGGUUUUCCGUUCUCUCCUCGAGAGGAAAGUGAGGGUGUCAUUGAUAAUGUUUCAGAGUUGUGCAGCAUCAAAAAGCUCAAGGAAUUGGAAGUUAACAAAAAUGGGGCUAUGAACAAAUAUGUUGAUAAGAAGACCUACUUUAGGAAAGGAGAGGUGGGUGAUUGGACCAAUUAUUUCAAGCCUCUUAUGGUGGACAAAAUUCACAAAUUGAUGGAAGAAAAAUUUGAAGGCACUGAUUUGUCCUUCAAACUGCUCCCCAAUCCUCAGUAAUUUAAAGAUCAGCUCAAGCCUCAAAUCUAAUGCACCAUUUUUAUGCAAAUUUGAAUAACAAAUUAUGUAAUUUUAUGCAUCUUGCUUUAAGUGAUGUGUUUUGUCUCUCUUUGGGAAGUGAUAGAGUAUGCUUCCUUGGUCCACGA